AAUGACGACGCGAGACCCAACUUGACCGAGAAUUUCUAAGAAACAUCAAAAAACCUUCCAAAAACACACACCAUCCAAUACAAACAACUCUCUCUUACUCCCCUCUCUCUCUUCUUCUCUGGUUCUACGAGAAAGGAAAAAAAAAAAGAAGAAGAAGAAGAAGAAGAAGAAGAAGAGAGGAAAAAAUGCCGGUGAAUCAAGAUCAAAGGUCAAGGUCUAACAAACCUAAUGUCAUCACCAUUCAUAGCUGUGCUCAAUCAGGAGAUCUAUCUGCCCUUCAAAAAAAAUUACAAGAAAAUCCAUCUCUGCUUAAUGAAAGAAAUGCUGUUAUGGCACAAACUCCCCUUCACGUUGCAUCCGCAGGGAAUAAAGUAGAUAUAGUCAAGUUUUUGCUUAACUGGCGAGGAUCAGAAAAAGUCGAAUUGGAAGCAAGGAACAUGUAUGGAGAAACCCCACUCCAUAUGGCAGCGAAGAAUGGCUCCAGUGAAGCAGCAAGGGUGCUUCUUGAUCAUGGUGCUUUAGUGGAAUCUAAAGCUAAUAAUGGGAUGACCCCAUUGCAUCUUGCAGUAUGGUACUCCCUUCGAGCAGAAGAUUGCUUAACCGUUAAGACUCUGCUAGAGUACAAUGCUGAUUGUAGUGUGAAAGACAAUGAUGGAAUGACUCCUCUAAACCAUCUCUCUCAAGGCCCCGGGAAUGAGAAGUUACGUGAACUGCUUAAUUGGCAUCUUGAGGAGCAGAGGAAGCGCAGAGCAAUUGAGGCAUGCACUGAAACCAAGGCUAAAAUGGCUCAGCUUGAAGAUGCAAUAUCUAACAUUGUAGGGUUGCACGAACUCAAACUUCAACUGAGGAAAUGGGCCAAAGGGAUGCUCUUGGAUGAAAAGCGCAGGGCUCUAGGGCUCAAAGUUGCUUCUAGAAGGUCUCCCCAUAUGGCAUUCCUUGGAAACCCAGGAACAGGAAAAACUAUGGUAGCUCGAAUUCUCGGGAAACUACUGCAUAUGGUUGGAAUUAUACCUACUGACAAGGUAACAGAAGUUCAACGAACCGAUUUAGUAGGGGAAUUUGUUGGUCACACAGGGCCAAAAACGAGGAAAAAGAUAAAAGAAGCUGAGGGAGGAAUUCUCUUUGUGGAUGAGGCCUACAGAUUAAUACCGAUGCAAAAGUCAGACGACAAGGAUUACGGGUUAGAAGCCUUAGAAGAGAUCAUGUCCGUCAUGGAUGCUGGGAAAAUCGUCGUCAUUUUCGCAGGAUACAGUGAGCCAAUGAAGCGUGUAAUCACAUCUAAUGAAGGUUUCUCCAGAAGAGUGACAAAGUUCUUUGUCUUUGAUGAUUUUAACUCUGAAGAGCUAGCGCAAAUUGUCCAUCUCAAGAUGAAUAAUCAAGAUAUAGUCAGUUUACUCUACGGGUUCAAGUUGCACUCCUCGUGUACCGUGGAAGCCGUUGCAAAACUGAUAGAGAAAGGAACAACUGAAAAACAACGGAAAGAAAUGAAUGGAGGUAUAGUGGAUCCAAUGCUUGUGAAUGCGAGGGAAAAUUUGGAUCUCAGACUUGAUUUUGAAUGUACAGAUAGUGAUGAUCUUGUCACAAUUACCUUGGAAGAUCUAGAAGCAGGUCUUAAAUCACUUACGCAGUGAGAAAGUAACACAUUUACUACUAUCUGUUCAGUUAGUUAGCCGGCCAUGAAGCAAGCGUGUUCUAAACUAUUCUAGCAGCCAUUUAUAGCGAAACUUAGUAAAGUUACAAGGAUGGAUUGAGUGGAAGAAAAUGCAGAUAGUUUUCAAGGUAAAAACUGUUGUGUAUAUUAUUGGUGCAAAUGAUUGUAUUCAAUCUGUUUCUCUCUGUCUAUGUUGAUUUGAAAAUAGUUGAGCAUGUUCUAAACAGGUCAUGAAAUUCUUUUGCGGAAUUAGAAGAAGUUACAAGUUCUUUUUUUUAAUAGUGUUUAUUUCUUUAUUUUGGGGUGGAUUUCAUUUCUGUACACCUUGAACAGAUAUAAAUAAUGAAGUGAAAUU